AUUCAAAAGUUAUCGAGUAUGUAGCCCUGGCGCGCGCAAAUAAUUUGCAAUCAUCUAAAUUUCAAAUUGUUUUUUUUUACCAAAGUGUUAGCAUAAUAUCAGAUUUCGCCAACUGGUUCUUUUUUCUUAUUGUGUGGAGGAUUUCAUUCAUUAUUCAAGCCCAUUUUUUGUUUAAACUAAUGCAGUUACAUACGCAUAUGUAUUUGUGUGUGUGUGUAUGCACGCGUGUGUAUGAGAGCUUUUAUGCUUGAGUGCAUGUAUGUGUGUGUGUAUGAAUUGAGAUGAAAGUGCAAUUAACAACAAUUUUACUAAUCUGCUUUGAGCAUGUCACCAAGGCCAUAGCCCAGGGAAUGCCAAUUAGUCCCUGCCCAAAGAUCUUUCAAUACAGAUUCGAUGGCAAUGAAUGGUUCGGUCUGAUCGCCGUGCGAAAUCCAGACUUAAAACAGGCACUUCACCUGCGCGUUACCCUCUCGAUGCGCGGCAAACCAACUACGAAUUAUCUUGGCGAAAUUGAGCUGCUGACCCGUGGACAGUUCACACAUCUUGCUCCUGUCCUAUAUAAGAUACGAUUUCCAAAACAUCAUUUUCCACCCAAGUUAAUUCUAAUUUCAGCCAAUAAUCAUGUUAUUUGUUUUGGAUCCGGCGAGCAUAGUAUUUUCAUGACCCAAAUCCAAUUGGAACAUAUACGAAAAGUGACCUUCAUUGCCGACAAAAAGAUCACUGCGGGCGGCGCUGAGGAAUUCGAUUUGGAAUCGAUGCCCGGAACAGGUGGUAAGGAGAUGCCAGAGACACACAAGCCGCACAUCCAGUUCAAGAAAAAACCAUUUCAUUCACCAAGAGAGAUUUGUGGCAAGAGCGAUAGCAGCCUGGACUUUCGAUUACCGCAGCGUAACAAGCAGCAAUCCCAUAUUCGAUCCGGCGACACUGAUCCAUCGGUAUCUUCGUCACCAAUUUUUGCGUCUCUCGAUGACUACGAUGAGAUUGAGCACAUUGUAGACGAUGAGGAAGUGGAUGGAGACGGAGAGGUGGAUGACAGCACGGCAACGGCCAAUAGUUUGCCAUCGAUCACACGUGGUUCAUGGCCCUGGCUAGCGGCCAUUUAUGUCAACAAUUUGACUUCUCUUGACUUUCAAUGCGGCGGCACUCUGGUCUCGAGGCGUGUGGUCAUUAGUUCGGCUCACUGCUUCAAUAUGUUCAAUCAAAGGUAUACAGCCAACGAGGUGUUAGUAUUUUUGGGAAGACACAAUCUAAAGAACUGGAACGAGGAGGGAUCUCUUGCAGCUCCUGUAGAUGGCAUUUACAUUCAUCCGGACUAUAAAAGCCAAUUAACCACAUACGAUGCGGACAUUGUUGUCAUAAUGCUUAAGGAUGAAGUGCGCUUCAAUACAUUCAUUCGUCCCGCGUGCCUUUGGUCUGGCUCUAGUAAAUCGGAAUACAUUGUGGGUGAGCACGGCAUUGUCAUUGGCUGGAGUUUUGAUAAAUCGAAUGCAUCGAAGUCAUUGCAAUCACCGGGUCCAUCGGUCUCUGUUGCAAGUAAAACACAUUUCGAUGGCAGCAUACCCAAGAUAGUGAAAGCUCCCAUUGUGCCCAAUGAAGUGUGUUUCAAGGCCAACUCAGAUUUCCGUAGUCUGUCUUCAAAUCGAACAUUUUGCGCCGGUAUUCUGGUGGAGGAUAGACAAAUCCAACAGCAUUUAGGCAAUGGAAAUGGUGCUAGUUUCUAUACAGGCAUUUCUGGUGCCGGGCUAAUGAUAUUCAAGAAUAAUCGCUGGAUGUUGCGGGGCACUGUUUCGGCAGCUCUGCCUGCAGAAUCCGCUGGAUUCAAUUCGUCAGCGGUGAAACCAAAUUCCAGCAGUUUAAGCUCAGCAAACUGUUGCAGCAAUCAAUACAUCAUUUAUGCAGACGUUGCAAAGUUUAUCGAUUGGAUCAUGGCCUUUGUUAUCUAAGGAAGAUCUACUCUAGAUAAGUGUGUGUGUGUGUGCGUGUGUGUGUGAGCCAAUGUUAUUUCUUGUGUGUGCUCUAGUUAGAGCAACAAAUGUAUCUGUAUAUCAUCUAUAUAUGUAUGUAUAUUAAAUUACGAAAAAUCUUGAAAUAAGAACGAUCGUAUGCAAAAGUA